UCAAAUUCAGACUUUUCAAAAAAAAGGGAAGAAAAAAAAGAUAAUGGGAAAAUUUUUUGAGUUCAUUUAGGAUAAAUUCUUAAAGAUCCAAAAUAUCAUUCAGAAAUCAUAGAAUCGGUUCCUAGUUCCGGGAAGCGAAUAUGGGAAAAACUAUUAGCUGCUCUGUUUUCCUAGCUUUAAUAUCUUGUUUUUAUUUGCAGUUUGGAACUGCUUUAGACACCAUAACACCAUCAAAAUCCAUCAAAGACCCUGAAUUUAUAAUCUCCCAGAGUGGUGUUUUCCGAUUGGGAUUCUUCAGCUUUGCUAAUUCCAGCAAUCGAUAUGUUGGGAUACUGUACAAUCAAAUCCCCGUACAAACAGUGGCAUGGGUAGCAAACAGAAACAAGCCUCUCAAAGACUCUUCUGGGAUUCUCAACAUAUCAAAUGAUGGCAACCUUGUUGUUUUGAAUGGCAAAACUGAGAUUCUCUGGUCAUCAAAUGUUACCAAUACAGCUCCUAAUACAACAACUGCCGAGCUUUUAGACUCAGGAAACCUCAUCCUAAGUAAUGGUGACGAUGGAGGAAGCAGCUUAUGGGAGAGUUUUGAAGAUCCUUCUAAUGCCUUCAUUGAAACUAUGAAGAUCAGCACUGAUGUAAAAAAGGGUCGUAAAGUGGAGCUGAAAUCAUGGAAAAGCCCUGGUGAUCCAUCUGAUGGUAACUUUUCUUUUGGCAUUGAACCUUUCAACAUCCCAGAGGGCAUCAUUCGGAAGAAUAACCAGAUCUAUUUUCGGACCGGUCCAUGGAAUGGGAAUAUGUUUCUUGGCGCAAUACUUAUGACCACCGUUUAUAUUGAUGGGUUUUAUGUUGUUGCAGAUAAUCAACAACAAACGUUUUAUAUGGCUUAUGAAUACUCUAAUGACUCUAUAUUGAUAUACUGUGAAUUAGAUUCUCAAGGAAAAUUUAUUGAACGGAGGUGGGAUGCGGGGAAAGGGAACUGGAUAAACAGGUACUCUAGUUAUCAAACAGAUUGUGAUGUUUAUGGAUACUGCGGAGCAUUUGGAAUAUGCGAUUCAUCGAAACGACCCGUUUGCAGUUGCUUAAAGGGGUUUAAGCCUAGGAAUAUAGAGGAAUGGAGUAGAGGUAAUUGGAGUAGUGGGUGUUUUAGGACUACCCUUUUGCAGUGCCAAAGAGAUAACAACAAUGGCAGUGGAGGAGCAGGCCAAGGUGAUGAUGGGUUUUUGAAGAUGAUGGUGAAGAGAGUGCCGGCAUAUCCGGUCCCGUCAUCGAUAAUUAACGGCUACUGCAAAGAUCAGUGCUUAAAAAACUGCUCGUGCGUGGCUUAUGCGUAUGAUGCUGGCAUUGGUUGUAUGUUUUGGAGUGGAGAUUUGAUUGAUGUACAGAAAUUCUCCACUAGCGGAGUCGAUCUUUACGAUCUUUACAUUCGUUUACCAUCUUCUGAACUUGGUAAACUUGUCUUAAUACUUACUAGUUGCUUAAAUCAAGAUUUAAGAUACGUAUACUUGGCUCACUCCAUAGUUGGGUCAACUCUGAUAUCUCUCUCAGAAAGGAAUGAAAAACGCAAACAUAUCAAACACAAAAUUUAUAGAGAAAAUUCAAUCGGAGUUAAACUCCAGCAGCUGCCACUAUUCAAUUUCAAACAACUUGCCAUUGCCACGAAUAAUUUCAAUCACGCGAAAAAGCUAGGCCAAGGUGGUUUCGGUUUGGUUUACAAGGGAAUAUUAGAUGAUGGAAAGGAAAUAGCAGUGAAGAGAUUAUCGAAAGCUUCGGGGCAAGGCUUGGAAGAAUUUGUGAAUGAAGUGGUUGUGAUUUCUAAGCUCCAACAUCGAAAUCUGGUCAGAUUAUUUGGGUGUUGUGUUGACAAAGAGGAAAAGAUGCUCGUCUACGAGUACAUGCCCAACAAAAGUUUGGACGCUUUUAUCUUUGAUCCAAUUAAACAAAAAAUUUUAGAUUGGAGAAAACGCUUCAACAUUAUUGAAGGGAUCAGUCGAGGAUUGCUUUAUCUUCAUAGAGAUUCAAGACUGAGGAUUAUACAUAGAGAUCUAAAAGCUAGUAAUGUUUUACUCGACCGAGAGUUAAAUCCAAAAAUUUCAGAUUUUGGGAUGGCUAGAAUUUUUGGAGGUGACGAAAAUCAAGCCAACACUAAAAGGGUUGUUGGAACUUACGGUUAUAUGUCUCCCGAAUAUGCAAUGCGAGGGCAAUUUUCAGAGAAGUCAGAUGUAUUCAGCUAUGGAGUUCUACUGCUAGAGAUUAUUAGCGGAAGAAGAAACAUAAGCUUUUACAAUAAGGAUGACCUUGGCCUCUUGGGAUAUGCAUGGAAAUUAUGGAAUGAAGGCAAUAUUUGGAAUUUUGUAGAUAAGGUGAUUUCAGAGUCCGAAUCAGAUUCAAAGAAUGAGAAAGAGAUAUGGAGAUGCAUACAUAUUGGUUUGCUAUGCGUUCAAGAAUAUGCUAAUGAUAGGCCAACUAUGUCUACUGUUGUUUCAAUGCUUAAUAGUGAGAUUUCAGAUCUUAACACUCCAAAACAACCUGCUUUCACUCAAGCACCACUAAUAAAUCAAGAUGUUGAAAAUACGGAUUCACUUAAUGAUGUAACUCUUACAAAGCUUAAUGGCAGAUGAAGAUGCAAAUCAACAAUACUAAAGUUUAUUUUUA